CGCCCCGAGGGUCACGUGACUCCGGCGCCAUGCCGCCGCAGCCGCGCUGCCGCCCCAUCUCAGGUUUCUGGACAUGUUUCCAACGGAAUUUCUCCCUUCAGCCGAUUCCAGAGAGAAAGAUCCCAAACCGCUACCUGGGACAGCCCAGCCCCCUGACGCAUCCACACCUCCUCCGACCAGGGGAAGUGACGCCAGGAUUGUCCCAGGUGGAAUACGCCCUGCGCCGACACAAGCUCAUGUCUCUGAUCCAGAAGGACGCAUCGGGGCAGAGUGGGACCGACCAAACGGUGAUCCUGCUAUCCAACCCCACGUACUACAUGAGCAACGACAUCCCCUACACCUUCCACCAAGACAACCAUUUCCUGUACCUCUGUGGCUUCCAGGAGCCCGACAGCAUUCUGGUGCUGCAGAGCCUUCCGGGCAAACAGCUGCCGUCCCACAAAGCCACGCUUUUCGUCCCACGCAGGGACCCGAGCCGGGAACUCUGGGAUGGGCCACGGUCGGGCCCCGACGGGGCAGUGGCCCUCACCGGAGUGGACGAAGCCUUCACCCUGGAGGAGUUCCACCACCUGGUAUCGAAGCUGAAAGCCGAGACCAACACGGUUUGGUAUGACUGGACAAGGCCGGCCCACGCCCAGCUUCACUCAGACUUCCUGCAGCCUCUCACCGAAGCCAAAGCCAGGAGCAAGAACAGGGUCCGAGGGCUCCAGCACCUGGUGCAGCAGCUCCGGCUCAUCAAAUCCCCAGCCGAGAUUGAGCUGAUGCAGGUGGCCGGGAAGCUGACGUCCCAGGCUUUCAUAGAGACCAUGUUUGCCAGCAAAUCUCCUAUAAGUGAAGCAUUUCUCUAUGCCAAGUUUGAAUAUGAAUGCCGGGCUCGUGGUGCAGACAUCUUGGCCUAUCCACCUGUGGUUGCUGGCGGCAACCGGUCCAACACUUUGCACUAUGUGAAGAACAAUCAACUUAUCCAGGAUGGGGAGAUGGUGCUGCUGGACGGAGGUUGCGAGUUCUCCUGCUACGUGAGCGACAUCACCCGCACUUGGCCUGUCAACGGCAGAUUCACCGCCCCCCAAGUAGAGCUGUACGAAGCAGUCCUGGAGAUCCAGAAGGCCUGUCUGACCCUCUGCACUCCUGGGACAAGCCUGGAGAACAUCUACAGCCUUAUGCUGACAUUAAUAGGACAGAAGCUGAAGGAGCUCGGGAUCCUGAAGAACGCCAAGGGAAACGACGCUUUCAAGGCUGCUCGGAAAUACUGCCCCCACCACGUGGGCCAUUACCUGGGGAUGGACGUCCAUGACACUCCAGACAUGUCCCGUUCGCUCCCGCUGCAGCCAGGAAUGGUGAUCACCAUCGAACCAGGCAUCUACAUUCCCGUGGAUGACUCUAGUGUCCCGGAGAGAUUCCGUGGCAUCGGUGUGCGCAUUGAGGACGACGUGGUGGUGACCCAGGACCUGCCACUCAUCCUGUCUGCAGAUUGCCCUAAGGAGGUGGAACACAUCGAACAGAUCUGCAGCAGGGGCUCUUGACCUCUCUCCCCCGACCCGUAUCCGCCUUAGAAGCCUCAGGAAGCACGUGGGCGCCUGCUACUAUACGUGUACGUUUGCGUGUACGUGUCGGCGCUGUACGUCCGGAUGUAGAGAUGCGUCCCUGUCUAUACGGGACAGUAGGUGUCUGUAUGUGUAUGAUUUUUUUGAAGUAAAGAGGGUUGUGGGGCGACUGAGGAGGGAUUAGUCAGCUGUGAAUCCCUGGAAGUCUGGGAGGAGAGAAGAGAGGAUCGUAACUGGCUUGGGCAAAGUCGAUGCUGAAUGUAGAUGUCAAAGUUGGGUUUUAUGUUCCCAUCUCCCACCCAUUUGCGUUCAUAUUCUUUUUAAAUGUAAAAGGACAAAAUGAAAAUUCCCUGCCACGGCCCUGCAGAGCCAUUUCUUUCCACUGUCUUGUUAAUGCCACCCAGUUUUCAAGGUAUUUUUAUAGUGCUUGAAUUGCCAGGUAGUAUUAAAGGCCUCUGUUUAGUCUGGGUUGCCAGUCGGUAGCCUGAAUGGAAAUGCCACAGAACGACAGGGUGGAGUUGUACACCAUGAUCUCCCUUGUCCUCUACCUCUUGACUCCAGGCUCACAUAGUUUCUGAGGGGCCCAGGUCAUUCAAGCCUGUCAUCCCUCUUCAGUUGAGGCCACUGUAGAGCUUACGUGGCAGCCGGAAGGAGACCACUCCCACCAUAAAUUUUGUAAAGGAGCCGGGGUUUGAACUGUCCAGUUUUUCUUUCAUUAGCAGCCAUCACACAACUGUGUCUUGAGCCAGUUCCCAAGUGGCAGGGCACGGCGUCUGUCGCCUAGAAACCUGGUAGAUCAUUCUGUCUUCUAGGGACUUGGAAGGAAUGGGGCAGGGGGGCGAUGAGAAAAAGGGAAGCAAUAAGAUAAAGUCUAGAUCUUCCACCAUCUGUUUUCUACCUCCAGACUUCUCCAGUCUAAGAGCUCCAUCUUCCUUAAAAAAUAGACCCCCUUCUUUCUGAGCAAGACACUGGCCUUCACAAUACAUCCUCUGUGCCUGAACCCCUGUGUGAGCAAACUUCUGUCUCCUCCACACUGGGCAAGGGAGACAAAUGCCUGCACCUCCUGACAUUUGAAAAAGAGAGAGAGAGAGAAAAAGACCUUCCCAUUUCAAAUGGCUGAGAAAAGCCCUGUAGUCUUUCCUUUUUCCUUUAGGUAUCGUUGAAAAGGCAGGGACAUUGGUAUGGAGCCCCUCACCUCUCAGGAUAGGUAGCAGGGCAGCUUUAGGUGCAGGCAUGGGCCCCUGAAGAUGACUGGGGUAGGAUUCCUUAGGGAGCCAUGGGUUGGCCUGAUUUAACCUCUGAAUUGGAGCUGGUAAAAUGUACCAACGACAAUGCUGUGGAUUUUUUUUUUUUUUAAUAAUCACCUCGGGGUGGUUUGGGGAAGGAAGGACUCAGGGCUGAUGCUCGCUUUGCCGGGCCAGAACAUCACCUCCAUGGUCAGGAAAUGAAGGAAGGGGCCACGCCAGGCACAGGCAGGUGGCCAGCGGCAAGAGCACCAUUUUGAAUCCGAUUGGCUAGAGUGCACGUUGAGAAUUUUUCCAAGAGGGUUUGUUGACUGACCUAUUCCUUCUUAGAUAACUUGCUUUCAGCCAAGCGGACAGAAAAGAACGGGCCUGCAGGGCAGAGCAGCAAAAUGACAAAACGUCUUGAUCCUGUGUACUUCCCCUUCGCCUCUCUCCCUCAUCAGGUCUCUGCUGCUCUGGCUUUAGCCAACCAUUAUUUUCCCAGGUCAAGGAGACGGGCGGACAGGCCACAGAGGAAGCAGAAGUGGUUGGGUUGUUUUCCCUUAUUUGCCAAAUUGUACUGGGGGUUGCUGCUGCUUCUAGUGAAUAACCAUUUGAGGCAGAACACAAAAAUCAGCAGCCUCUCACUGCUCUCCAGUGAAGAAAUUAGUUGGAUCCUUCUCUAGGCAAAUCCACCAAUAUUCGGAGCCAUCCUCCAGGCUUGAAGAUGAAGACACCGAUCACAGUCCACAUGGGUGCGUGUGAGUGAAAAGGUCCAUGUGUGGCCAAGAGUGCAGGUGUGAAGAUGAAUCUUUGGCUUGAGGAUGGCUUAGUUAUUUGUGGAGUACUACACAGUUUUUGCCUUCCCUAAGCAAAAAAGCUGAAAUGGAAUCAAAUCCUUACUGUCCUCAAAACCUUUAACAGAACUUGAGUAGUUAAGAGGGUAUCUACGACAACUUUGGUGAAUGUCCCGUGUAGCUAUUAUGCCAUUUGGAGGAAUCUGUGAGCAACUCUCUAAUCCCCUACUUGGUGCAUUUGGGUCCCAGGAAUAAUAUCCCAGGCAUUUAAAUUGAACAAGCGAGCCUACCAGAAAGAAGAAAAUGGAAACCUCGGGACACUGUCUGGCACAAUAUAUAUAUUGUGUAUAUAUACAUAUAUACACAUACAUAUAUAGAGAGAGAGAGAGAGAACAGUGUUUUUACCUUUAACUUUGGGAAGAUUUAGUUGUGAAAAGCAGGUAGCAAAUAAUAGCUCCAUCAUAUGUUUCCAUCCCUGCAGUGGGCAUAAUGCAAUCAUACUUGCCCUUCGGGAUCUGUGGCAUGUCCAGUUGUUCCCGCUGCAAUGUGGGAAUCACGUUCUUGAAGAACCUCAUGUUAAGGUAAAUUCGUUCUUUAAUACUCAGACUGGGUUCAGCUCCGAGCAUAGAAACACAUUGUCAGAAGAACGUUCCCUAUUUCUGCCCUAGUGUUCUAUUCCAAAUACACAGGAAAGACCCACGUUAGAGGGGAACCAACAUCUCUCCAAAUAUAAACCUUCCAAAAGACAGCAUCCAGUGUCUAUGCAUGGGACUUGGAGAAAGUGGUUCCUCGAAAUAUGAGCUUCCUUAGUAACAGUCUCGCUUCUUCCUGAGGCAGGGGGAAUUCAUGGAGAGCAGCCAGAACUCCACCGGCAAAGGAAUUGAACAUUGUCAUGUCCAGAUCAAUUCUCCCACCACAUUUCACAUUUCUAGUAUUUCUAACCUUGCUAACUUUUCUAUCGAAGAUGCCGGAUGAGUGCCUGGUUUGGAGAAACAAACUGGACACAGGUGAGAGGAAGGAAAAAGAAUCCCUUCUUUUCCACUAUUGCCACAAGUCAGGGAGGGACUAACCAGCAGGGAUAGUGAUGCUUUAAGGCCUCCUAUUUGAGAUUCUAAAAGCACUAAUAUAUUCAAUUGAAUCCAUGAAAGGAAGCAUUUUAAUGGACAAUGGAGAUAGGUUCCAUUGCCACUCUCUCCAAAAAUGUAUGCCUUGUGAUUCCAUUUUUAAGAAAGAUACAAUUUGUCCAGUGUUAUUGCUCUGCCAUUAGCUAAGUUCAUUUGGGACAAACUUCCAACAGUACAUGGCCACCAGUGGUACUGAUCCAUCUGCUUUUACUGUAGUAGCUGAAAGGUCUAGGGAUAAUUGUUCAGGGGUAGAAAGGAGUCAUUCAUUCAUUCAGUCGUAUUUAUUGAGCACUUGCUGUGUGUAGAGUGCUGUACUAGGUGCUUAAGUCAAAGUCUCAAGGCUUUUUUCUGUGAUUUUUUUUGCCCUUUUCUUUCAUUAUUUCCAUUUAAUAAAAUGGCAUCAGCAACAUGAGGUUUGGGAUUUGGAAUUAGACGUGACCGUUUCUUUGAAGCCAAAGCACCCUGAUGUAUGUAGCUGGGUUGGUGAAUGCGGCAAAAUUGAAAUCUCAGAGGAAAUAUAGAGUGAGUUCCCUAGGAGGAGAUGGGCAGUUUGGAUCAUUUUUUAAAGACUUUACCAAGAACACAGAAGCAUCUCUUAAAGAGGAUUGUCUAUAAAGAAGGAGCAGUUGGUACCUGACUAGUCACUUCUUCAUGGAUUUGUGUGGAAAUCAUUCUAACCCUCAAAAGAGCAGGGAUUGGCACUACUUAGUGUGGCAGGAUCUCCCACUAAAAAUCAAGGUCUUGAAGGUGUCCACACCAGGGGCUUAGAAAACUGCUAAUUUUUCCUAGAAUUCUUAAUGACUUUGUAUUACUUCUAUGCAUAUUAUAUAUAUUCAAUUUGUACAAAAUGCUGUUACUUCCUAAAGCCUUGUCUUCUGAAAAUGUUACAGGUGUGAUUCCCCAAGCAGGGAAGAACAGUUGUUACUGUCAUUUUAAAAGAAUAAACCAAAUGUGAUGUUG